GAAAAUGUUACAAAAUUGAUUCCAAUUGUAAUAAUGCUGCUGCCAUUGGAGAGAUUUGCUUCCAAUCUACACACUUACUCCACUAUCCACCUGCUGAAACGUCAAAUAGCUGAAAAUGGAACACAAACGCAAACCCAACUAUUCCAAGCCUUCUUAUUCGAUAUUCACGAGACGGGAAGCUCCAGCACCGUCAACUUCCAAUAGGGAAAGACUCAAUAACACAAAUGCUUACCGUGCGGAAAUUUCCAAGCAGCUCCCAAACAAUCCAAACGGCAGCAGGCCAAAAGGUAUUCGUGGCUUUUUCAAGCAAACAUUUUUGAAUGCAAUCAGGCCUCAAUAUGCGCCGUAUAAUCAACAACCCGAUCAAAUACAAAACACUUUUAAUGUGCCUCUAGAGGAGGGCGAUGUACGCAGGUUAAUUGGUCUCUAUGCAGAGUACGAGAUACUCUACAAUCCCAAUCACCCGCAAUAUGGCAACAAGCACAUUGAAAAGAUUUACUAUUCUGACAUCGCACGCUCCUUCCCCAACAGAAACGGUGCUCAGAUCCAAGCCAAUCUCCUCGAGCUGCGCACACAAUUCGAAAGUGAAUACGCCAUCAUUCACAAUGGGCAACAUUCCAAUGGCGGUAUCUUGACGCCCUCCAUCCCCUACUACAAUGAGUUUCUAUUUUUAGUGCCAUUUUUGGACAAUCGCUUGGACCGCGACUUGGCAGGGGGAACCUCUGAAGCACCCCCAGUAAACGAUAGUUCGGCUAAACGCGUGAAUCAGCUGUCGGGGAAAAACUAUAGCAACCUGAUAAGCAACACUUUGGUAUUACCUACGCCUAAUUGUUUUCCCCACCGUAAAAAAAAAGAUCUUAAAAGGGAAAGAUCGGACACAAUAUCGGCAGGAAAAGAAAAAGGUCCUGCAACAGAUACAAAGAUAAUUCGAUCGGUACAAAUCAACGAGGAACCGAUCCAACAAGUAUCAUUGCAGCAGGAGAAGCAGCAGGCAGAGUACAAAAUAGAGCCAGAACAGAAAGUCUCAUGGAUAUUAGCACAGAAGCUGGAACAGCAGGCAAAGGACGCAAAACAACCACAACAGCAAGUGUCAUUGGAGCAGUAUCCAGAGCAGCAGGCAAAGGAACAAAUACAACUGCAAGUGCCAUUGGAGCAGGAACAAGAGCAGCAGCAAGCUCAAAAUACCAGACAAAAGAAUCCUCCGCUGUCAGAGCAACAGCACCAGCAGCAGCUGGUGAACCAACAGGAGAAGUAUCAAGAGGGUUUGCAUCAAAAGCAAUGUUCACAAUCAGUCUUAAAAGGGGCACAGAUACAAUUAGGUGCUAAGAAUAAUGCAAAUGAGCACCCAGUGAAUUUUGGACCUAAUCUGCUUCAACCACGAAUUGCAAUCAUUCAUGUGGGGCCACGAGCGGCUCAAGGGUUUAAUCAAGGGCCUGCUACUGCUGUAAAGAGCCAGAAGGCCACUCAGGAUCCUCGAGGUGAUAGAGAGGCAAGCACUCAGCCAGGAACUGAUUCUAAUCAGCGACAGCAGGUGCAAGUUCUGUGCGACAUGAUACGAGCAGAGCUGGGAUCAGCACCAGAUUUCAUUUACUACGAUGCUAAGUGGCGCAUCAUUGAGAUCUUGCGGGAGGUGAACAGGCGUCAAAUGGAUCACAGAAAAUGUGCCGCAACACAAAGCACAAACAAGGAACCCAAUGGGUUUGCACUCGAGGAGGAGUCCGAGCUGGCGCGCCAGUUGAAGGCCUCUCAAUGUUCCUACUGUCCUAAAUGCUGUAAGCGUUGAGC